UGGACGUACCUGCAUUUGUAAACAAUAAACUCUUGUCAUUGUGAGGAAUAAGACUGGCACUUUUAACGCGAGUGUGUCCUUGCUUUUCAAAGUAGUCGACAAAGCGUGAACGCAGCUCGGGCGAGGACAGUCGUUGGAUAAAGCGAGCAGGUUGACAUAUGUGAAGUCCACGACGGGGACCAGCCCGCAGUAUGCCGACUUUGUACAUAGCUGAGAGAAUAGUAAGUAUCAAGGUCUACGAGAAAUUUUUACGCCCUGAUUAUGAAGUUCCGUCUGGAAAUAGCCACCACAGGUACGAAAAACGUCUGUGCAGACCAAAAGACUCAGGGUUGACCCUGUUUCUGUGCAUACGCUUAAUGCGACAAAGAUGCCACUCGACUUUUCUAAGUUUGUCUAUUGCGCUUGUUUAUUCCGGCUUCCUCUUUCUUCCCCACCCAUCCCCCAGGUUUCUGCAGAUAACGGAAACCAGGAAUUUGCUUGUCUUGCUUUUUCUUCGGCGGCCGGCUGAGCCGGUUAAACUUCUCGCGUGGAGUCCGUGCAGAUAGGACUGGAAACGUUUAGCCUAACAUACUCUUUCUUGUGUUCCCGUGUGCCAUACUUUGUUGUGCUACAUUACAAACUAAAAGAGUCAUUGGGCCGGAGAAGAAUUACCGGCGUUGCAC